CUUCUUGGCACUGACACAGCCAAGUCUCCUGCUCCGACACAGAUGUUCCUCCAGCAGCUCUAAGUAACGCUGCUUGACGGAUACAAUGUCAUACCCAGGGGUUCGUGGUCCACCUCAGCCUUCUAAGAGGACUCGCUACUGAUGAAAUCAAAAGCUUAGAGAAGCAUGAGAUGCAGGGCUUUAUCUAAUAUUUUGUCUCAGCUACAGUGGCUGAUGAAUCGCCACAGCUCAGUAUAGUGCUGCUUUACACCCCUGCAACUUUCUUCAAAGCAAACUCUUGGUAAAAUCUUCCAAUUUCCCUCUGAUUGCAAACCGGUGUGAAGACUGGAAUGAUUUGCCUGUUGGAAGAAUGUUGACUCUCGAGUGGGAGUCGGAGGGACUGCAAACAGUGGGUAUUGUUGUGAUUAUAUUUGCGUCUCUGAAGCUGCUUCAUUUGCUGGGACUGAUUGAUUUUUCAGAAGGUUUCCUCUACGCUCAGAACAGUACCAAACGCAGCAUUAAAGAGCGACUUAUGAAGCUCUUGCCCUGCUCGGCUGCCAAAACGACAUCUCCUGUUACUCAAAACACUGUAGAAGAUGAAAUGGAAAUGGCCACAGUACGACAUAGACCUGAAGCUCUUGAACUGCUGGAAGCACAGAGUAAAUUCACAAAGAAGGAACUUCAGAUCUUAUAUAGAGGUUUCAAGAAUGAAUGCCCCAGUGGUGUUGUCAAUGAAGAAACCUUCAAAGAGAUUUACUCUCAGUUCUUUCCACAGGGAGAUUCCACAACGUAUGCACACUUUCUGUUUAAUGCAUUUGACACUGAUCACAAUGGAUCUGUAAGUUUUGAGGAUUUUGUUAUGGGUCUCUCAAUUUUACUGCGAGGGACAGUACAGGAGAAACUGAACUGGGCUUUCAAUUUGUAUGAUAUAAAUAAGGAUGGAUAUAUAACUAAAGAGGAAAUGCUUGAUAUCAUGAAAGCAAUAUAUGAUAUGAUGGGGAAAUGCACCUAUCCUGUUCUCAAGGAAGAUGCUCCUAGACAGCAUGUGGAAACAUUCUUCCAGAAAAUGGACAAAAACAAAGAUGGUGUAGUUACCAUAGAUGAAUUCAUUGAGAGCUGCCAGAAAGAUGAGAAUAUAAUGCGAUCCAUGCAGCUCUUUGAAAAUGUGAUUUAAUGAAGACAUUAGGUCUACAACUAAUGGACAAAUAUGAGCUAUUCGGCAACAUUAUCUAAAAGAUGGAUUUCCCACUUUAUCAUAAAUAAAGUUACUCAGCUUUACACUGAGACAUGGAUUAUGCAAGUAAAUUUUUUAUUAUAAACUCUUCCCAACAAAAAAUUCUUUCUAAAUUAUAAAAUUUAGCUCUUCAACAGUGGCUACUUAGUUAACAAGAUUGUACUGAAAAAACAUGUUUUUACUCCAAAUUCAAACAAACUCACAGUAUGCAGCUUUAUUAUCAUUCCAAACCCUAGUUAAAACAGAUAAAAUCACAAGGAGAUUAAAAAUAUACUCUUAGUUUUGUUACUCAUUUUUACUGGAUUAAACUCCAGGUAUUCAAGUGUAUUUCGCAAAUCUUAGCUUCUAAUUUAUACAGAGGCAUUACCAUGUAUUUUCUUUUCCCAUUUCUAUGGUGUAGUCCUCAUUUUUGAAUAACACUUAGAGUUAAUGCUAUAAUCAGUGUGCAAUGCACAUCUUGCUGCAAUUGCCUUCCACCUUUGACUUGCUUUUCUCUUCCAAAGAAAAAAACCCCAAACCUAACAAAAUUGAUAACCUGAGACGAAGAACUGUUACAGAACAAAAACCCAAACUGCUUAUAGGUAGGUUUAUUCCGUAAAAAAUAUGAGUAAGCUUCUAUCAGUCACACUUACCUAGUAAAUCUAUCACGACAGGAAUACCAGGCGUCCUAUAGACUGUAUUUCUAAUUCUUCUUGGAUGUGUCUGCGAAGUUCUUAGCUUAAAAUUAAGGAUCUUCUAACUUCUAAUUUGUCAUGAAGAAAGCUUAACUGGAUCCUAACAUUUCAUAACUAUGUGUCUUUUUGCCUUUAAUAAAUAAAAAGGCAUGAACUUCCUUUGAAACUUCCAUUCCACUUCAGUGCUGAGAAUGAAUAUCCCUGUGUAGUAACAUCUACUAAUAAUGACUGCUAGUCAGGCUAACAUCUAUUUCAGCUUUUUGUAAUAUCUGUAACUAUGAGACAGAAUCAGGAAAAAAUGGAAACUUCAGCUAUAUAUCAUCUAUAUGUGAUAAAUGCAUUACAUUUUUUUAGGAUCAUUUCUUCAUUAAGAUUGGAGCUAUUUAUUCUGAAUCUAGAAAGAUUUUUCUAAAAAAGUAUGCACCUAAAAUAUAACAAUGCCCCUCCAUCCAUGUAAUUUUUAAGAUAUAUUGUCCACAGAGUUUAUGACAAUAUUUUAAAAUAGGUGAAAUGCUAUCAAGAUAGGCCAACCUUCAUUGUGACAUUGCUGCAGAAAAUGUGAAUUAAUGAAGUAGAAAGAAUGUUGCAAGCAUUCUUUUGUAAAAAUAAAUCAGGUAUCUAUUCUGGUGUAGAGAUGGGAUGUUAGAGGCAUGUUGAAGGCUGCUCUGCUAUCACCAGUGUAGGAUAAGAGUAGUACAAUACAUGUACACCUGAAAUCUGCUGUAGCGUGUUUGUGUAAACUAAAUGUGCACAUUUUGUAAAAAAAAAAAAAA